AUGUCUCCCAUAUUUUCUCGUUAUCUUCAGUUCCUACCACUUCUGACCAGCGUCGCCUUCGGGGCACCUCAGGGUCCUUAUGCUCCUACGAACCAGAGCCAGAGCCUUCAAUGGAGCCCAUGCAACAUCUCCGAGGCUCAGACAAUGCCCAUGCUCUGCGCAACUCUCCCUGUUCCCUUGGACUAUCUCGAGCCGAACUCCACCGAAAAGCUCGACCUCAAACUAGCUAAGAUAGCUGCUACAAAGCAACCCUCACGAGGAAGCAUACAGUUCAAUUUUGGCGGUCCUGGAGCUCAUGGACGUGAGGAUCUCGCUGGACUGGGUGCUCAACUAAUGGCGUACUCCGGCGGUCACUACGACCUCGUCGCGUUUGACACGAGUGAUGAGAGUGAGAAGCUCAUCUGGGAUUAUGCGAACAAAGCCGUUAGCGGCAAUUCCUCCGACACCGCCCUUGGUGAGCUGUGGGCCAUCACGCAGAACUACGUCGACAAGUGCAAGAACAGCACCUACGCCGCCAGCAUUGGCGACAAAAUUGGAACGGCGUACAUCGCCAGAGACUUGAUCUCUGUCGUCGACGCUCUUGGUGAGGACGGUCUUUUGAGAUUUUGGGGGCUCUCGUACGGCUCGGCCCUGGGAGCAACCGUAGCUGCCAUGUUCCCCGACAGAGUUGACCGAAUCAUCAUCGAUGCCGUUCUGAACCCACACAAUUACUGGCACUAUCACGAAAUCGAGUCGAUGAAUGACCUUGAUAAGGCUUUCACCGCAUUCCUGGAGGCCUGUUUCGAAGCCGGCGAUAAGUGUGCUUUGACUCGGCCCAACAAGACAGCUGCCAUGAUGGAGAAGGAAUUCUACGAGUGGGUGGAAGACCUAAAGUACCAUCCCAUAUCCUACCCGGACUUCUCGUUCACGUUCAGCUCCGUGAGAGGGUUGGUCUUUGGGUUGCUCUACGAGCCUCGCCUGUUUGCCUUGACAGCCAGGCUCAUCGACGGCUUGAUGACAGGGAACUUGACAGCCGAAGAUUCUGCAGCAAUUGUCGCCCUUGCUCCACCCACCGGCAUGAUGUCCACCGAGACGAGGAUCGGAAUCACGUGCAGCGACAAGACAAGACGAGAGCCUCAAUUGGAAGACAGCCUCCCAGCGGUAUACGAGCAAUGGGCGAUCAGCAGACUCGGAGGCGAUAUUUUUACUCACUUCACCAUGCAGUGCGACAAGUGGCAUAUUGCGGCCAAGGAGCGAUACCUGGGAGACUUCAACGUGCCGAUGAGGCAUCCGGUCCUGGCUAUUGGCACUACCUACGACCCGAUCACGUCCUGGGCUGGUGCGGUCAACGCCAGCCAGAGCCUUCCAGGUGCCGUGGCCCUCAAGCAAAACAGCUUUGGUCACAGCUCGCUUAAGCAAGUGUCCUCCUGCACAGUCAAAGUCAUUCAGGCAUAUCUCAUGGAAGGCACGCUGCCUGAACCCGGAACUGUGUGCGAGGUCGACGAGCCUCUGUUCUCGAAUUCGACCUGGCAAGACUACUUUCCCGCUGAUCUUGCUUGA